AUGCCAGGCAAGCAGCCAGAAGCAGCAGUGGAGGCCGAGGCUGCCGAGGCCGAAGAUGGAGCUGUGGAGGGCCUGGGGGGCCUCACCAUGGAAGAACUCCAGCAGGGCCAGGAGGCGGCCCGGGCCCUGGAGGACAUGAUGGCCCUGAGUACACAGACCCUGGUCCGUGUGGAGUUGGACGAGCUCUACCAGGAAGUGCGUGUCCUGGGCCAGGGCCGCUUUGGCCGGGUCCUGCUGGUCACCCAUCGGCAGAAAGGCACGUCCCUGGCCCUGAAGCAGCUUCCCAAGUCCUCCACCUCCCUCCGGGGCUUCCUGUAUGAGUUCUGCGUGGGCCUGGCGCUGGGCACGCAUCCGGCCAUCGUCGAGGCCUACGGCAUUGGCAUUGAGUCUGCCGCUUCCUACAGUUUCCUGAGUGAGCCAGUUCUACACGGUGACCUCAUCGCCUUCAUCCAGCCCAAGGUGGGUCUUACGCAGCCCGCAGCACAGCGCUGUGCCGCGCAGCUGGCCUCAGCCCUGGAGCACAUCCACGCGCAUGGCCUCGUGUACCGGGACCUGAAGCCUGAAAACGUGCUGGUGUGUGACCCGGGCGUGCGACGCGUCAAGCUCGCGGACUUCGGCCACACGCGGCCCCGCGGCACGAUGCUGCGCCUGGCCGGGCCACCCAUUCCCUAUACAGCCCCGGAGCUGUGCGCGCCGCCGCCGCUCCCCGACGGCCUCCCCAUCCAGCCCGCCCUGGAUGCCUGGGCGCUGGGUGUCCUGGUCUUCUGCCUCCUCACCGGCUACUUCCCCUGGGACCAGCCCCUAGCGGAGACCGACCCCUUCUACGAGGACUUCCUGGUGUGGCAGGCCUCGGGUCAACCCCAGGACAGGCCCCAGCCCUGGUUCGGCCUGGCACCUGCUGCGGACGCCCUCCUGUGGGGGCUGCUGGACCCUCGGCCGCGGAAGAGGAGUCCCGUGAGCGCCGUGCGGGGCUACCUGGGGCGCCCCUGGAGGCAGCGGAAGGGGGAGGAGGUGGAGGAGGUGGAGGAGGUGGACGAGGCGGAGGAGGUGGACGAGGUGGACGAGGUGGAGGAGCGAGAAAUGGGGAAGCUGGAGGAAGCCGAGGGCCGAGGUGGGGAGUGA